AUGAGCAAUAUGCAUAUUGAAAGAAUAUUAAGAUUUCGGCAAUUUUUGGACUAUUUUAAAAUAUUUUUAGAUGGAAAAUGCUUCAGCAAUGAGAUUAAUAAAUUGCUAGAAUUAAAAGCUUGCUGUAUCUUUGCAGUUGUAGCAAGUUUCUUGAACUUUGCAAGUAUAGUCAGGGUCGCGUUUUAUUUGCCCUGAGCUAAAAAAGGCUCUUUCAGUAGUAAAAUUUACUUAGUAGUGCUAUUUUCUGAAUCGACUCCACUAGUUGGAAGGGUCUCUUGUAGCCCGGGGCGAUCAAAGGUCCAAAGUUUUAUCUUCAGCAGAUUUAAAAUAAAUAAACUUGAACACCUUCUGCUAGAAUAA